CUUUUAUUUCCUUCGUUUUGGUUUUCUUCAAAAUUGAAAUUAUGAGUCUUUUACCAAGCUGGCCAGAGCCAAUUAUCCGAGUCCAAUCUCUAUCCAAAAGCGGCAUCCGAAAAAUCCCCCAUCGUUUCGUGAAGCCGCCUUCGGACAGGCCAUGUAAUAUCAUGGACAUUACAACAACCUCCAUUAACAUUCCGUUAAUAGACCUCGAAAACCUUAAUUCCCCAAACGACAGCGUGCGUCAGGAAACAAUUGACCACAUUUCCCACGUGUGUCGUGAGUGGGGUUUCUUUCAAGUGGCUAACCACGGGAUUAGCCACGAGCUCAUGGAGAAAACUCGUGCUGUUUGGCACGAGUUUUUUCAACUUCCGCUUGAGGAGAAGCAAAAAUUUGCGAAUUUGCCGAUGACUUAUGAAGGGUAUGGUAGCCGUAUUGGGGUGGAGGUAGGUGCUAAAUUGGAUUGGUGUGAUUAUUUCUUCCUUCAUUAUCUUCCCCAAGUGUUGAAAGAUGAGAACAAAUGGCCUUGUCUUCCAGUUUCAUGCAGGAAAGUAAUCUCGGAAUAUGGUGAAAAAAUGGUGAAAUUAAGCAGAAGGUUAAUUAAAAUUCUAUCAAUAGGCCUUGGAUUAAAUGAGGAUUAUGUACACAAAAGUUUUGGAGGAGAUGGUGAAAGUAGUGCAUGUUUAAGAGUAAAUUUUUACCCAAAAUGUCCACAGCCAGACCUUACACUUGGGCUCUCUCCCCAUUCGGACCCUGGUGGCAUCACCAUUCUCCUCCCAGACACCGAUAUCUCCGGCCUCCAAAUCCGUCGCGGCAAUAAUUGGUUAACUGUUAACCCGAUUCCGAAUGCAUUCAUUGUCAAUAUUGGAGAUCAAAUUCAGGUGUUGAGUAACGCGAUAUACAAAAGCGUGGAGCACAGAGUGAUUGUUAAUUCGAACAAAGAGAGAUUGUCCUUAGCAUUCUUCUAUAAUCCUGGAGGCCGCGCACUCAUCAAGCCUGCAGAUGAACUUGUCACUAAAGAUUGUCCUGCCUUAUAUUCUCCAAUGACCUUCAAUGAAUAUAGAUCAUUCAUUAGAACAAAGGGUCCUAGUGGGAAAUCUCAAAUUGAAUCACAUAAAUCCCCUAGAUAAUUCAUUGCUACUUGGAAAUUUCUUAAUUACGAUACAUGUGUAAUGCUUUACAUUAUAUAUUAAUGUACAAAUUAUAAU